UUAGUUUUAUACAGUGCUCACGAGUGAGUAUCAGUGUAGUAUAAAGUUUCACGUUGAUACGACAAGUAAUUGAAUUUUAGCUACGUAAACAAUGCCUGAUCAACAAACGAAAGUGAUUGUCGGUACUGCUGUGGUAGUGGGAACAGCAGCGGCAGCUGGCUUAGCAUAUUUCUAUGCUAGAAAUAGGACUGAACCGAUUCCAAACAAAUGGAGAAAGGUGGGCAAAAUCAGUGACCUAAAUUUUUUCCCGGUAAAAUCAUGCGCGCCAAUCAAGUGUAACUCAUUUAAGUGUCACAUGCUUGGUGUUGAGUGUGAUGAGCUAGUUGAUCGUGGAUUCAUUAUAUCACGAAACAACAAACAAGUGACUGCACGAGUCUAUCCGAAUAUGUUACUUAUUCAACCUAAAGUUGAAGGUAACCAACUGAUUUUGUCAGCACCUGGACGACCGAAUUACAAUUUAAAUUUGGAUGAGUUAAGAAAACGGCCACCGAAAUUUGAGAUAGAAUGCUGGUAUUCGAAAGUAGUUGGAAUCGAUGCUGGUGACCAUGUGGCUGAUUGGCUAUCUGAAUCCAUAGUUGGUCAGCCAGGUAUUUUCCGUUUAUCAUUUUAUCCACAUAAAUAUUCGACAAAAGGUAUAUACAAACCGGACCGAAAAUAUAAAGCAUACCGUGAUGAAGACGCCGGAAGUUAUCAUGACAAAACUAGCUACAUGCUGAUCAAUCAAGGAUCGGUGGAUAAGCUAAACUCUGAACUGGAUCAUCCGGUGACGCCGUUGCAAUUCCGGCCUAAUCUAUUAAUAGAAGGUCCUGCAGCUUACGAUGAAGAUAGUUGGAAGUGGGUUCGCAUUGGAGACAAUGUAGUUUUCCGCGUUUUGAAGCCUUGUACAAGAUGCAUUUUGACUAACAUAAAUCCAGAGACUGGUCAACGUCACCCAGAAGGUGAGCCAUUAAAAACUCUAGUCAAAACUCGAACAAUAUUACCGAAUGAGCCUCCUGUUAUUGGUAUUCAAAUGGGUGUACGAAUCGCAGGAUCGGUUUCAAUUGGAGACGCAGUUUAUAUUAAUGAUGAAAGUUGUGACUAAAUUCGUGCUGACGAUAAUAAAUUGUAAAAAAUCAUACGA